GCGAGUUUAGCUGAUGACGGCGGGAGCGGCCUCCGGGAGGUGAACCCUCGCGCUGUCCGUCGCGCCCAUAGUGAUGUUGGGGGGACGGGAGGCCGCAGUUGUCUUCACUAUUCCCGUCAGCUGUCCACCCCUCAGCCUAUUAAGAUCAGACCCGCCCACCGACUCCCACAACAUACUGCCUCUUUACACAGGUCUAAAAGCCUCAAAAGAAGCAAAGGGUCUUCUCACCUGCGUCGUUCAGUUAGUCAACCCCUAGAUUUGGACAGACCUUAUGAAACUCCAACUUCAACAUUACGGAAGUGUAGAAGUCCAACAAAUACCCAGAACAGACGGCAGCGAAGACCAUCAGCUGGGAAUAUCUUGAAUGAGGACACCACCACCUCAGAAGAUGAGAUUGGAAUAUCUGACUCUGAAGACUUUAGAACUGAUCUCAAGAGAAGUUUGGAAGAGGAUGAUGACAUGAUCGUAUAUGCAGAAGCUCUGUGGGACCAUGUAACACUUGACUCUGAAGAACUGGUAUUCAAAGCUGGUGACCUAAUAACAGUGAUAGACUCCAGUGAUAAAGACUGGUGGUGGGGGAGGAUAAGCCACCGAGCAGGAUGGUUUCCAGCUGCCUUUGUCCGAAUUCUAGUGAACCAAGAGGAUCACCAGGACUCCAGAAGUCUUGAUGACAUGAGGAUUUUGGGACCGGCAAGGAAACUCAGUGUCUCGGGGCUGUCUCACGAUCAGAUUCGGACUAAUGUAAUAAAUGAAAUCAUAUCCACGGAGCGAGAUUUUGUGAAACACUUACGGGAUGUUGUGAAGGGAUACCUACGGCAAGUUCGUAAGAGACCAGACAUGUUCAGCGAUGAACGGAUAUCCACUAUUUUUGGUAAUAUGGAGGCCCUGUACCAGUUCCAGAGCAAUUUCCUUAGAGAACUAGAAAUGUGCAUUGACUGGCAAGAUCCUCAUAAAUCUUGCAUUGGUGCUGCCUUCAUUCGUAAUAGAGAAAAGUUUGAAAUUUACAGUGAGUAUUGCAAUAAUCACCCAGCAGCAAUGUCAUCACUACAAGAACUUUACCAGGAUCAAAAAUAUAUCCAUUUCUUUGAGGCUUGCCGCCUUCUGCAAGAAAUGAUUGACAUUUCACUUGAUGGGUUCCUACUCACACCAGUUCAAAAAAUAUGCAAAUAUCCUCUCCAACUACAAGAACUGUUGAAAUAUACAAAGUCUGAGCAUCCUGAUCACACGAGUGUCCAAGGAGCAUUGGAGGCUAUGAGAGACGUGGCUCUUCUUGUCAAUGAGCGAAAAAGACGCAUGGAAUGUCUGGAGAAGAUUGCAUCCUGGCAGAUUACUGUUGAGGGUUGGGAGGGGUCGGAGCUCCUCGAGGAUAGCUCGCAGCUGAUUUACCAGGGAGAAGUAACUAAAGGAGUUGGCGGAUCUUGGCCUAAGGAAGUGACGCUUUUCCUCUUUGACCAUCAGCUUGUGUAUUGCAAGCGGGAUCUCCUAAAACGAAAUACCUUUGUGUACAGAGGGAGACUCAAUCUCGAUAUGUGUGAGAUUGUUGAUCUCCCUGAUGGGAAAGAUUCCAGUCUUAACAUCAGUGUUCACAAUGCAUGGAAAAUUCAUAGUCUUGAGAAGAAUAAAUGGUAUGUGUUUUCCAGCAAAAUUGUUAAUGAGAAACAGAAGUGGAUGGAGGCAUUCAGGAGAGAGCGUGAAUUAGUAGCUGCAGAUGAAAAUGCAGGAUUUGUAGUAGCAGAGAAAGCUAAGCAUCUUGCUAAAGUUGCUGCUCGUAACCAAAGGAACAGGCCAAAGAGACCUCGAACCACCAAAUCGCACAAGCGUGUACAGGCCAUGACUUACGCUCAGGCUGAACUUCUAGUCAAUGUUGAUCCUGAAAUCCGCUCCAAUAGCCUUCCCUCAGGUGUUCAGCCACCCGAGGGAAAGAAGAAAGGUCUAUGGUUCAGCUUUGGGGGCCACAAAAAAGGCAGAGGAUCUGGAAGAACUGUGACACAAAUUCAGCAUCAUCCAGUAUGAGAAUUAGCAUGGUUACUUAUUGUGAAGUCUCAUCGUGAGCUGAUACUCACCCUUAUCAGCUUUAUAUGAACCUAUUUAAACACUUGAAUAUUCCAGUCAAUACUAACAUAUGAAAGUGACUUUGCUUUUGUGUGUGUACAGUACAUGUUUUAUGGGUUUUAAGACUAUUCAAAAUGAUCGUGAUGUUAAUAAACAAUCCUGUAUGAUCAGUUCCGUAAGGUAUGACUAUUCCUUACAUUGUAACUCAGUGAAAGAUGUGCAAAAACUGAUUCCAGUUGUCAUUCAGCAUCAUAAAUGAUGCAUAAUCAACCAAAGCUGAAAUAUUUUUUCUUAAGUGAUUUUUCGUAUGCUUUUAUAGUAGUGAUCCCGUGGUUAAUUGGAGAAGUCUAGUCAUCUUCUAAAAGAUAUAUCAGCAGUCUGGAAUUUAAUUUGAUGAAUUAUGUGUGGAAAAAGGUUAAACUUUUCGAAUGAAUUUUGGCCAAUUUUGUACUAGCGGCAGUUACAAAACAAAGGUAAUGCUGCCUACAGGAUUAGGUAGCAAUGUGCAUCUCCAGAAUUGUUUUUCUUGGUGUUAAUAACUUUGAAUACCUUCAAGUAAUAAAUGGUCUUGUGUUGUCACGAGUUAGGUUUUUAUAAAGUGCCAUUUUUUUUUUAAUUCUUGUUAUAGAACUACUUGGUGUUAUGUAGAAAAAGUAAAAACCCUUCUUUUAAUGUUUGUACAACAGUAUUUCGUAAAAUAUGACCUCCAUGUUGAUAAUGAAGUCUAGUUUAUUCCAUAAUUAGUAUACUGUACUCAGGUUUUCUUUAUUGAAUAAUUAAUUAUUUGACAUUAAAGUAUAUUUGAGCCCCAGUUGUUUUCAUCCUAGUACAAAGUAAUUGUCAGUUACCUGUGCUUUUGGAAAGGUUUUUACUAUUCUUUUACCAUUGUCAUUGUGUUCAGCUGUUGACCUUAAUAAACUGUCACUAAAUGCAAUUAAUUAUUGCAUUUAUGCUAAGUCAAAUUUAGUUCACUGGACUUUUUAACUUAAAUUGAUGUGAUGUUUAACCAUGAUGAUAGUUCAGUGACUCUUUACCCCAAGACCUGCAAACUUGCAUGACCUUUCAUCAAUUUUAAUUUGUGUAUAUUAUUUAACCUUGUUUUUUUAAUUAUAUAUUAUAGUUUAUUGUGUACAGUGACAUGAAUAUAUGUAUUUGUUGUAAAAAAUGUACAUAGAACAAAAUAUUUCCUUGAA